AAUCACGUAAUGGCGGACUCAGGCCCGGCAGGCGCGGCUGGGGGCGUAGCGCAUUGAGGGGGGUCCAUCUGUGAAGUAGCCCGCGAGGCGGUCGGCGGGAGCCGACUGGGUACGGAGGCUGGGCAGCCGUCAGCCCUUCCUGUGGCUGAGGGCGACUGCGCGAGGCCAGGUUGUUUUUCAUCAUUUAGAACAUUGCCUGAAGCAGGUCCACCAUGCCGUUAGUAACGAGGAACAUCGAGCCAAGGCACCUGUGCCGUCAGACGUUGCCUAGCGUUAGAAGCAACGAGCUGGAAUGCGUGACCAACAUCACCCUGGCAAAUGUCAUCCGACAGCUGGGCAGCCUGAGUAAAUAUGCAGAGGACAUUUUUGGAGAGCUCUUUACUCAGGCAAACACCUUUGCCUGCCGAGUAAGCUCACUUGCUGAGAGGGUCGACCGACUACAAGUUAAAGUCACUCAGCUGGAUCCCAAGGAAGAAGAAGUGUCACUACAAGGAAUCAACACUCGAAAGGCCUUCAGAAGCUCUACCAUUCAAGACCAGAAGCUUUUUGACCGAAACUCUCUCCCAGUGCCUGUGUUGGAGACCUACAAUACCUGUGACACCCCACCUCCCCUCAACAAUCUUACCCCUUACAGGGAUGAUGGAAAAGAGGCACUCAAAUUCUACACCAACCCUUCGUACUUCUUUGAUCUUUGGAGGGAGAAGAUGCUGCAGGACACCAAGGAUAUCAUGAAAGAGAAGAGAAAGCAUAGGAAAGAAAAGAAAGAUAAUCCAAAUCGAGGAAAUGUAAACCCACGUAAAAUCAAGACGCGUAAGGAAGAGUGGGAGAAAAUGAAGAUGGGACAAGAAUUUGUGGAGUCCAAAGAAAAGCUGGGGCCUUCUGGUUACUCACCAUCCUUGGUGUAUCAGAAUGGCAGCAUUGGCUCUGUUGAAAACGUGGAUGCAGGCAGCUACCCACCACCGCCACAGUCGGACUCUGCCUCUUCACCUUCUCCUUCCUUCUCCGAGGACAACUUGCCUCCCCCACCAGCAGAAUUCAGCUACCCAGCAGACAACCAAAGAGGAUCUGGCUUGGCUGGACCCAAAAGAACCAGUGUGGUCAGCCCAAGCCACCCGCCUCCAGCUCCUCCUCUGGGCUCUCCGCCAGGCCCCAAACCUGGGUUUGCCCCUCCCCCUGCCCCUCCCCCUCCCCCACCCAUGAGUGUGCCGCCUCCACCGCCACCUGCAGGAUUUGGGUCUCCAGGGACUCCACCGCCACCCUCGCCCCCAUCUUUUCCACCUCACCCUGAUUUUGCUGCCCCUCCCCCUCCUCCCCCACCACCAGCAGCUGACUACCCCCCACCACCUCCCUUGUCCCAACCCUCAGGAGGAGCCCCUCCGCCUCCUCCUCCCCCCCCUCCCCCGGGACCCCCACCUCCCCCCUUCAGUGGUGCAGAUGGCCAGCCUGCCAUGCCAUCACCACCUUCUGAUACCACCAAGCCCAGGUCUUCCUUGCCUGCUGUGAGUGAUGCCCGGAGCGACCUGCUUUCUGCCAUCCGGCAAGGCUUUCAGCUGCGCAGGGUUGAAGAACAGCGGGAGCAAGAGAAGCGUGAUGUCGUGGGCAAUGAUGUGGCCACCAUACUGUCACGUCGCAUCGCUGUUGAGUACAGCGACUCUGAAGAUGACUCCUCCGAGUUUGAUGAAGAUGACUGGUCGGAUUAACUCGUGCUGCCUGCUGCCUUCCCUUUUCUUCCCUUCCCUCCCAUCUUUGAUAUCUAACAAUCCCAUGGGAGAAAGGAAGGAAAAAAGAAUUUCAAGGGGCCAAAGCCUUCCCUGAAGCAACCAAAGAUAUAUCCAAGUGCUUCCUCCAAAUUGCCAUGCAUUUUCUCCUUUGCAGGGCCCGUGGGCUCCUGAGGGUCUCUAGCCAAGUCGCUCCCUCUUCCCUUCAAGUGACUGGUGCAUAUUGGAAGGAAGAAAACCCCCAAAGCAGAUCCUUUGAUUGGGUUGCAGUUGGAGAUAGUGCCUUCCCCUAAGAGCCAUUUUCAAUGGUGGCCUUCUUCCAAAAUCCUUGCCCUCAGCUACUUCAAAUAAUGCCAGCCAUUAUUCUAGUCUAAAGCAGUGAGAAUGGCCUGUGUGGAUGGAGCCGGCGCUUCCCGCGCCCAGGAGGAAGGCAGCGAGGGCAAGUGUCCAUAGCCAGGCUGUGGCAGGCUUCUGCCCCCUGCGCCACCCUUUUUAGCAGGCGGGCUGCUUUUGCUCAGUGAUCUCUAGGCUUGGCUGCCUCUGCUCCAGGAGGCAUCUUGCCCUGCCUGGCUGUUAUCUUUCUCCCAGACUCCCUCCUGAACUCCUGGUGUUCAAGUGUCUUUUAAAUGUCUUUCUCCCUCACCCCCAGGUGCCUUUCAGCUGCAUAGCCCAGUUUUAACCUCCAAUAUCCAUGACCAAACUCGCCCUGACACACAGGGACCUGGGCCUCUGCUGGUUGUCAGGAAGAAAGCAUAGAGACUUGGAACUCCAAGGAGAGUCGAAUUCCUGGGGUCCAGCUCUCUGAAGGAUACUGAGGCUUGCCAGUAGGAAGGGACUUGCUCAGGUUCACAGUUGGAUAGUGACAGAGCAGAGCCCAAACUUCCAAACUCCAAGUCACCUGUGCUUUCUAGGACCAAAUAAUGGGCACCUGCUGGAGUCAGGGCAAAGCAGUUCUGACUGUGCUGCUUGAGACUGCCUGUAGGCAGAGGUCCCUGUUGGAGGACCCAGGGCCUGUGCCAGCCCUGUCUAUGCGCUUCUGAUCCUUGUGGCCUCCCUUGUAGCCGCUUGUCACCCCUUGCUACUUCCAGCCACUCAGGUGGCCAAGGAGCUGCACUUUGAGGGACCAGGAAUAGGGAGAGAAGAAAGGGGGCAGGCAGCCUUGACAAGUGCUAUUUUCAGUCCCUCUGCCGCCCCGUCCCCUUUUAUUUCUCCAUUUUCAGCCAGGAUUCUGCCAGCAGUAGAAACUUCAGUCGCUCAGGCUGGCAGCUGCCUGCCGCAAGAUACCUGCCUGAGGGCGGGGGCUGGCAGCCAUGAAGGCGGCUGAAAGGAGAAGGACUCAGGGUCUUCCUCCCAGCUCCCCACUCACGGAUGUGAUGGUGUUGGCUCCCCCUCUGCCUCCCUGCCCAGAGCUAAUACACAGGUGCUAUUUUUCAGGAAAA